GUGAUGAAAUUCGAUGAGUGUUUUAUUCGGAAGGAGCCUCUGGGUGUGGUUCUGAUCAUCGGAGCCUGGAACUACCCGGUCCAGCUGGUCCUGGUGCCCCUGAUCGGAGCUAUCGCAGCGGGUAACUGUGCUGUGGUGAAGCCCUCUGAGCUCAGUGACUCCACCUCCUCCCUCCUCACAGAACUCCUCCCCAAAUACCUGGACCAGAGUUGCUUCUCUGUUGUUUGCGGGGGAGCCAAAGAGACGACUGAACUACUGGAGCAGAGAUUCGACCACAUAUUCUACACAGGGGGCGUGUCCGUGGCUCGCUCGGUGAUGCGCGCCGCUUCCUGUCACCUGACCCCCGUGACCCUGGAGCUGGGGGGUAAGAGCCCCGCCCUGGUGGAGGGGAGCUGCGACAUCACGGCGACGGCACGGAGGCUGGUCUGGGCCCGGUUCUUCAACGCGGGUCAGAGCUGCGUGGCGCCGGACUACGUGCUGUGCUCCCCAGAGACACGGCGCCUCCUGCUGCCCGUGCUCAGGGACUGCAUCACCCAGCUCUACGGGACGGAGCCCAGGGAGUCCCGAGACUUCGGCAGGAUCAUCAACCAGCGACACUUCGAGAGAAUCCGAGACCUGCUGAGUAACAGCCAGGGGAGAGUGGAGAUCGGAGGAGAGACUGAGGAGGGGGAGAGGUACAUAGCCCCCACGGUGUUGGUGGAUGUGAGCGAGUCGGACCCUGUGAUGCAGGAGGAGAUCUUCGGACCGGUCCUCCCCAUCCUCACUGUGGAGAGCCUGGAGGAAGCCAUCAACUUCAUCAACUGCAGAGAGAAACCACUGGCACUGUAUCUGUACACUGGAGACAGCAAGGUGGUUACCAAGGUGAUGGAAUGUACCAGCAGCGGGGGGUUCUGCUCCAAUGAUGGACUGGUCCACACGACUGUGAUAACACUGCCAUUCGGAGGAGUGGGCUCCAGUGGUGUGGGUCGGUACCACGGCCGGUUCAGCUUCGACACGUUCUCUCACCAGCGCUCCUGUGUGCUGCGCGGCUUCGGGCUCGAGUGGGCGAACCAGCUGCGCUACCCGCCCUACAGCGAGCAGAAACUGGAGAGACUGCUGCAGGCAACACAGGAGAGGAAGUGGAGCUGCACACUGCUGUAGAGGAGGAGAGGGGGAGCUGCACACUGCUGGAGAGGAGGAGAGGAGAGGGGGAGCUGCACACUGCUGGAGAGGAGGAGAGGGGAGAGCAGGAGUCUGAAUCACGCUGCACAUGUGCAAUACAUUGUAUUAAUUAAUCAUGAACUUUGUUUGAGAUUACCGUAUUCUUACCAGCAUUAUUAAUAAAGUGAAGUGCCAAGUCUUUACAUUGUGUUAACACAUGACACUGUGUUCAAUAAAACAGCUAAAUUAUGAUUUUUUUUUUUUCUAAUUGUGUUUGUCCUAAAAUUUUAGGUGACGAUACACUUUUGUCCAGAGCUGUAUUUGUUGCAGGCAGUAUUUCUGUCUUUAACUGUAGUUUUUUUGUUUA